AAUGCCCUUGCAACAUGAGCUCUAUCCCAUGGUAUAAGGAGAAAUUACCUUCCAAAUGCUUUCAAGAACGCAUCACUAGCAAAGAGAGGUUCUCUGAUGCCCUUAAUGGCCAGCGAUGGAGAUUUCUGAAAAGUGGCCUGGAUGAUUUCAGAAAUGGAUGUCCUCAUCCUUCUGACAACAUAAUUAUCCAUGGGAAAAGGGGCCCUAUACCAAUAAUUCUGCAUUACAAAAAACAGGAUUCUUCUCAGAUUGUACCAUAUAAAGUCAAAGAGCUGGGGAUCAAAAACGAAGACAUUUACUCUAAGCUCACUGCAGCACAGAAAGCCAGGAAAGAUUUCAUCACGCAGGCUGAACGCUGCCUGAUCGAACACCCACUAGCGCUUUAUCCCCAUUUGGAGGAGAGUGUGCCCCCAGAGCUUUUUGAUGAUAUAAUUAAUCUCCUGGACCCUGAGAUGCAUCUGAGUAGAGCCACGCCUGAGGACAGCAAGACAGACGUGAAUGUCUCUUUUCAGUACCAGCUGCAUCUGGAAACACCACCAGACACAAGCUACAGCUCAACUGUCCCACCCUGGUUGCCUAAAAAGAAGAACCCUUACACAUGGUUUAGUAAGAAAGAGGUGUCUGAGAGAGAAAGAGCAGCCAAAAUAGCCUACGUUCCUCCCUUAGAUGAGAAUGUAAAGCGUGUAACGAAGGAAUUCUGUGAAUGGGUCAGCGCGAUGGGAGGCGACAACUAUAACAUUGAUGAAGCCACCAUCAUGAAGUUGUUCGACACAAGGUAUGAAACUCAGGCCAAGGCAUCAGCACCCAUUAAAAUCGUGGAGCUGUACCAUGUGCCGGCAGAGCUGAGGGAGUGCUCAGGGAAGAUCCCCACCUGGGAGACUGUUAAGAGCCCUCUCAAGCAGACACCUUCUGAGCCCAAAUGGGAGAAGAUUAAAUAUGGAGCCUGGUACCUUCAUCCGAAUAAAUGGAAGAAGAAAAAAGCAGGCGAGAAAGAAGAAAUUCCUCAAUCUCUGAAAACCUUUCUGGAUAAAAGGAAGAAGAAGGUCCAAAAGGAUGAGGAAGAGGAAAUGCCACUCCAUGGAACCUACGCCUUUGAGCGAUUCCUUGAAAAGAAAGGCUACAGGAAGCCUAAGUUUCUUCUGCAGAUGUUGGCUGCAUGUACUGACAAGGCAGGAGAGGAAAGUGGACAUCUCGCAAGGAAGUUAUCUUUAAAGGUCCUUGAAGACUUUAAAGCACAUUCCUCCUCAAUCUUCUAAGUACCCAUCCUAGCCAGCUAAUGCUUGGUUAAAGUUUUAUAAAACCAAGCCAGAAAAAUUAUUCAUAACAAGAUCACUAAAUCUGUCUCGUAUUUCCCUCCCUUUCCUUCAUUGGAAACUACUGCCGAAACAAAUAGUUUGUUAGACACAUUGAGAAGUGAACUAAUAAAAUGGAAUGCCAAGGUCACAAAACCUGAAUAAUGAUUGUCUGUUAAAGUCUGCAAUACUACUGGAAUGCUUUAACUUACUUAUUGUCUGAGAGAGGAAAGUGUUAUUCAGAUUGUAAUAUAUCAUAGGAGAAACAGAAUAUUUAUUGUAAAUAUGAGUGUAAUGUAACUGC